UUGUGUCCUGUUUUACGUCGCGCAAAAAUCAUGUCGUCUCCCAAAAAGAAGUGGAAUACGUGGUUAACUACAAAUGAAAUCGUUGAUAUUAUCAAUGAUUUAGCUUCGGAUGAUGAAGCAACAGCAGCUGACAUUUAUAUCGACCCUCCGGGUGAUGGACUUGUGUCAGAUUCGGACUCGGGGGACGAAAGAAACGUAAGUUUUGAAAAUUUAUCACGUGGUCAACUUUUGGCGCCUGCUGAACUGACACUACAUGGAAAAAACGUCAGUGACGGCAGCGAGUCUGAAGAAGAAGCUUUAGGCCCAAUUACGUCACGUACUGUGACUGACUCACAGUCUUUAUCAAACCGUAGGCGGAGCCGGUCAUUGAUAGAUAAUCCUCUUUUUCCACCUCCACCGCCACCUCGAUCGCCUAAGGUAGUCCGAAAAUGGGUAAAACGAGACUUAUCCCAACUUCAUGAUGAGUGGAUUGCACCAUUACCUAGAUCAGUAAUUACCUUAUCCGAAGCUUCAGAACCAGUUGAUUUGUUUGAAUUGUUUUUUAGUCACGAAGUUAUCAUGCACAUUGUUCGUCACUCUGUUAUUUAUGCAGUUCAAAAAGGAAACCCAGGGUUUACCCUUUCUGAUAAUGACAUUUAUUGUUUCAUCGGCAUUUUGAUAUUGACCGGAUAUUCUCCACUGCCGCGACGUCGGAUGUAUUGGGAAAGUAACGAAGACACACACAAUAUCUUAGUGGCGAAAUCCAUGCGAAGAAACCGAUUCGAAGAAAUUCUUCGGCAUUUCCAUGUGGUCGAUAAUAUCAACCUUUGCCCUAAUGACAAAAUGGCUAAAGUCCGCCCACUUUUUGAUUUACUCAAUAAAAAGUUUCUGCAAUAUGCCGUAAUCGAAAAGAACAUCAGCAUAGACGAGUCUAUGAUACCUUACUAUGGUAGACACGGAUGUAAGCAGCAUAUCAGAGGUAAGCCUAUUAGAUUUGGCUUCAAAACAUGGAUUGCAGCCUUGCCCUUAGGAUAUUGCUUAUACGCCGACCCAUAUCAAGGCCGCUAUGAAACUUUUAGUACCGGGUUAGGACAAUAUGUUGUGCAAAAAUUGAUGACCGAGAUUCAGAAUGUCUACAAAGAAACAAGAUUCUCAGUUUUCUGCGACAACUUCUUCACAGGAUUACCGUUGAUAACAGCAAUGAAAGAAAAAAAUAUUUUAGUGACAGGUACAGUACGUAGUAAUCGCACUGACAAGUGUCCUUUGAAAGAUGAAAAAUUAUGUAAGAAGGAACAGCGAGGUUACCAUGACAGCCGGCUCGAUCUAAACAGCGGCAUCUGUGCAGUGCGCUGGAACGAUAAUAGUGUAGUCACUCUGUUAUCCAGUGAAUACGGCGUGGAGCCUAUACAAACUGCAAGGAGAUACUCAGCUGCUCAAAAGCAAAGAGUAAAUGUACCACAACCCAACGUUGUGCACCAAUACAAUCGUUUUAUGGGAGGGGUUGAUCGGUUAGAUGCAAACAUUGGUACCUAUCGAAUAGCAAUUAGGGGCAAAAAAUGGUAUAUCCCGUUACUUUUCUGGUUGAUAGACGUUGCGGUCAACAAUGCUACCCUACUAGCUCGUAAUUUCUCCAAAGAUAUAGAUACGCUGGAAUUUAGACGUAGCAUUGCCAGAACCUUACUUCAAAAAUAUGGCAAUGAUAAGCAACAUCCGGGACCUAGCAAACGGGUAUCUACAAAUGUACCUACAUCAGUACGAAAGCAUAACGCUGAGCACAUGAUCGGCAGGGCACCAAGUAGACUGCGAUGUGCCUAUUGCAAAAGCCUUACAGUCACUUUUUGUCAAAAAUGUAAAGUAAAUUUACAUUCUAAAUGUUUCUCUGUAUUUCAUUCUUAA